UGUUGUUUGUCAACGUCCAUCAAACCGAAGGUGAAGAAGCGGCAGCAGCAGCAGAAGAAGGAGAAGAAGAAGAAGUAAAAGAGAAGAAGAGGAAGGACACAACCCUGAGAAUUACAAACCUGUUUACUGUCCCUAGUGUUUUGUUUGUUUGAGUUUAUUUAUAUAUAUGUAUUUAGUUUAAUUUGAAAUUCUGGUCUGAAGAUGACGGUGUGUAGUUACUUCCUCGAGGGCAGAUGUCGUUACGGAGAUAAAUGCUGGAAUGAACACCCAAAAGGAGGAAGAAACCAGAAUGUUCGCGGUGGAGGAGGCUCGGUGAACCGGGUGUGGGUGAAUCCAUCUCAGCGCUCGGGGGGAAACGUGAACCAGCCCUCGUCCUUCUCCCAUGGAGGAUCAGACUGGGGCAGAGGGAACAGUGGACCAGCGAGAGAUGACCGGAGUUCUAACUUCAGCCUUAACACACAGAACCGUUUCUCCACCCUGAACAACCCUCAGAGCAGAUACGGGAGAACCGGUGCAGGUUCAGGAGGUGGAGGAGGUGGUGGAAGUGGUGGAGGAGAUGAUGUGGAUAAACAGCUAGAGGUGAUCCAGAAUGACAUGGAGGUGUGGCAGAGCUCAGGACAGUGGAUCUUCUCCUGCUACUCCAUCCUCAAAGCCUCCAUCACAGGGUUUGUUGAGCUAUCUCAAGAGGAACUGAGGAUGGAAUACUACACCAGCAUGGCCACUGGAGACCUGCAGUCCUACGCAAACUCUGUCCAGCAGCUGGUCAAUCAGUGGAGAUCCAGAGUCCAGGAACUGAGAAGCAUGAACGCUAACACACGUGCUGCUAUGAUAGCAGAGUUGAGCAAUCCAAGAACACACACGUCCUCAGGUGGAGGGAUCUUCGGGUCUUCAUCAUCAUCAUCUUCAGGUGUUGGAGCUUCAUCAUCAUCAUCAUCUGGUUUUGGAGCUUCAUCAACUUCAUCAACUGGUUUUGGAGCUUCAUCAACUGGUUUUGGAGCUUCAGCAACAUCAUCAGGGUUUGGAGCUUCAUCUGGGCUUCCAGUAGGAGGAUUCAGCUCGAGUUCUCAGACUAGUGCUGCUGGGUUUAGCUUCUCUGCGUCCAACCCCGGGUUCGGAUCAUCUUCAUCUCAGCCAGCUUCAUCUCAGUUCCCCUCAUCGACUCCCUCUGCCUCCACCUUCUCCUUUGCAGGUCCUGCAGCAGCAAUGGCUAACAAAAGCUCUGCGGCAGGCUUCAGCUUCUCCUCGGGGUCUGCAGGAGGCUUCGGGGGCUCCUUCACCGCUGCAGGUGGUGGUGGGUUUGGUAGUGGAGCGAGUGUGAGUGGGAACGUUGAGGAGAAGAAGAGUGGACCUGACAUCGUGUACACCCCUCGGGAAGAGCUCACAGAAGACGAGCUCCGAGAGUUCACGGCUAAACGUUUCACACUAGGACAGAUUCCUCUCAGACCACCACCUGCUGAUCUUCUCAAUGUCUGACACUCAUUUGAUUACCGACCUGAAGAUGAUUAAUCUGUGAAUUAUGAGACUUUUAAAGCAGAUUUAUAAUAAAUAUGUGGAAUGUGUGUGGAGUGAGUGAA